AUGGGUUCAGUGCAAGAGACUACAUGGACAGGCACAGCCUACGUUCAAGGUAGAGCCUCGGCUAAGCUCCUCGCAAGUAAUCUUGAGCUGAGCUUCUGGGGAGGUGUUGACCCUCAGACAAGCGAAGUCAUAGACCGCCAUCAUCCACUGAGUGGAAAACACCUUCAAAACACUAUUCUCGCUAUACCAGGAGGUCGAGGAUCGUGUACUGGAAGUGGAGUUAUGCUUGAGCUCCUUCUCAAUGGAAAAGCCCCUGAAGCAAUCAUCUUUGAAAGACGAGAAGACAUUCUUACUCUGGGUGUAAUGAUCGCCGAAGAAGUUUUUCAGCAGUCUAUCCCAGUACUGGUGCUGAACAAGGAAGAUUUCGGGCAACUUCUUCAGUUGGAUGGAAAAAUCAUCUAUGUGGACGAUGGCCAUGUUUCCACUGCCCCUAUCCUAUCAAAGCAACAAGCAGGAUUAGUCAGAGACUCAGAAAGUGGCCUCAUCCUCGAGACUGCGCCCGCCAUAGAAGGUAUAAAACUGUCCACCCUUGAUCAAGAACUUCUCAGAGGAGACUACGGCGAAGCAUCUCGCGUUGCAGUCCGUAUAGUCCUUCGCAUGGCUCAUCUCCUCGGUGCAACACGUCUCAUGGACAUAACACAAGUUCACGUCGACGGCUGCGUCUACACAGGUCCUGCAACACUCGCACUCGCAGAAAGACUCCGUGACUGGGGCGGCAGAGUGCGCGUCCCAACAACACUCAACUCCAUCUCGGUCGACCAAAAGCGAUGGCGAGCUUUGGGUGUUGACACUGCUUUUGGAGAAGCAGCUGAUGCGCUGGGAAAGGCGUAUGUUGAUAUGGGAGCGAAGCCAACUUAUACUUGCGCACCAUAUCAACUUGAUAGUGCACCAAAGUUAGGGGAACAGGUUGCUUGGGCGGAGAGCAAUGCUGUUGUUUAUGCGAAUAGUGUCUUGGGAGCUAGGACUAUGAAAUAUCCCGACUUUCUCGACAUAUCCAUUGCUUUGACGGGAAGGGCACCAAAGGGAGGGCCUCAUAUCAGUACCAAUCGACUAGCUUCUGUCCGCGUCGACGUUAUCGGGAUGGAGAAUGCACCAGACCUUGACGACUCUUUUCCUCCUCUUCUGGGUUACUAUGUUGGGACUUUAUCGACAAGUCGAAUUCCUGUAGUAACAGGCCUUGAAACAUACGGCCUCUCGACAGAUGACUUGAAAGCCUUUGGCGCUGCUUUCGCAACUGUCUCAAGUGCUCCAAUGUUUCACAUUGUUGGUGUAACACCAGAAGCAACCACUCUCGAGACCGUCAUCGCUUCUGAGGUCACCACUUCCAAAGUGAAACCCAGUGAUCUGGUCAAUUGCUGGGAUAAACUCAACAGUGCACCAAUGAACCAACCUAUCGAUCUAGUAUCCCUCGGCAACCCGCACUUUUCACUCUCCGAAAUACGAAAGCUCGCAGAGUUAUGUCGAAGGCGGAGAAAAGCCGCGAGUGUCGCUGUCGUAGUUACGUGUGGGAGGUCUAUAUACAAGUUGGCAGAGCAAGCAGGCUAUAUAAGACAAUUGGAGGAGUUUGGAGUACAGAUUUUGACGGAUACAUGCUGGUGCAUGGUUACAGAGCCUGUUAUACCACGGGCGGCAAAGACUAUCAUGACAAAUUCGGGCAAGUAUGCUCAUUAUGGACCAGGACUUACGGGGAGGGGAAUGUAUUUUGGGAGUUUGGCUGCGAGUGUCGAUGCUGCCUGCCAAGGGAGGUAUGAUGCUGAAAGGCCGCGAUGGCUUCAACUUGGACUAGAUAUAUGA